GGAUAAAAGAGCAAAACACGAGUCUUGUAGCUAUGAAUUUGUCAAGUCAUCAAUAUAUGUAAAGUACUAUUGAAAUGACUAAUUCUUUGAGUCAAACGAGAAAACUAUGCAUUUGUGUAAUUCAUUGUAUUGUGGCGUCAAUUCUUCAAAUGAAUACCAGUGCUCAGCUCUGGUCUAUUGUCGAUAUCAUACCCAAGACUUAUGACCCGAAAAAGUCACCAAAUCCUAGAGGCGUUACUAAAGUCAACAUUAGUGUCAUUGUUAAUGAUUUAUUGUCAGUCACUGAAAGUGAUUCGAGUUUUCAAUUAGAUUUAACAUUAAAACUCAAAUGGUAUGAUCAAAGGUUAAACCUGAGCUCAGGGAUCCAAAAUGAUAUUCUUGAUCACAAUAACACAAUUGACAAUAUAAUACUUGAUAGCAGUUAUAUUUCAAAAUUCUGGAUCCCAGACAUAUAUUUUCAAAACGCACUGUCCGUCUCUAUUGUCAAUUCUGGACUAAGUGUGCAGUAUCUGGUGAUAGGCAUCGAUAAAAAUAUCACAUACACUGUUAGAUAUAGUGGUAAAUUUAUUUGUAAAAUGGAUUUAACUAACUAUCCUCAAGACUACCAAUUUUGCUCUAUAGAGGCAGUUAGCCUUACACAAACCAGUUCUCAGUUAUUGAUGCAAUGGGAAGACUUUGUGUCCGGUUAUAGUAAUUAUCCCAAGUUUCGGAUCAGAUCCAUAUAUACCGACUCUUGUGUAAGGACUUCAUAUGUCGGUAACUUUUCUUGUAUGAGGGGAACACUUAAAUUGGUCCGUCGGGUCAGUUAUUAUGUUAUCCGUGUCUAUGCACCUACUUUUCUAUCGGUCAUUAUUGCAUUUGUUGGCUUUUGGAUACCUAUACUUGGAUGGCCUGCGAGGGUAACAAUAAUAGUGACUCCGCUGUUAAAUUUGAUAACAUUAGAUAUAUCACUGAAUAAUGAGAUCAAUGUGUCGUAUGUGGUGGCCAUUCACUGGUGGAUGAUUUGGUGUCAGAUCUUUGUAUUUUUGGCUCUCUUUGAGUACGCUUUGGCCAUCUCUUGGGCGCACUUUAUCAAUGAUAAAAAAGCAUUUAAAACUGCAAUAAUUUCUCAAAAAGAUCUGAACAUGAAUUUAUUAAAUGGCCAUUACUUUGGUAACAAUAAUUAUUUUGCCAAAUGUGGUAAAAUUGUCGACAAACUAUUGAUAUUUUUCUUCGGUGUCGUUGACUAUCAUAAGGAUCCGAUGACCAGAAAUAAAGUAGACUACUGUUCCCGUUUGAUAUUCCCAUUCCUAUGGAUCUUAUAUUGUCUUAUUUAUAUACUUGUUACAAUAUGUCCMUGGGCUGCUAAUUAUAAUCUAUAG